GCCGCCGCCGCCGCCUCCGGCUCCUCGCUCGGCCCCUCUCCGCCUCCAUGUGCCGGAUAGUGGGAGCGCCGCGGACCCUGCUGCCGCUGCUGGCGGCCCUGCUCCAGGCGUCUGUAGAGGCUUCUGGUGAAGUCGCAUUAUGCAAGACUGGAUUUCCUGAAGAUGUUUACAGUGCAGUCUUAUCGCAGGAUGUGCAUGAAGGACAGCCUCUUCUCAAUGUAAAGUUCAGCAACUGCAAUGGAAAAAGGAAAGUACAGUAUGAAAGCAGUGAGCCAGCAGAUUUUAAGGUGGAUGAAGACGGAAUGGUGUAUGCCGUGAGAAGCUUUCCCCUCUCCUCCGAGCAUGCAAAGUUCCUGAUAUAUGCCCAAGACAAAGAGACUCAGGAAAAGUGGCAAGUAGCAGUAAAACUGAGCCUCAAGCCUGCCUUACCUGAGGAUUCAGUGAAGGAAUCACCGGAAAUUGAAGAAAUAGUAUUCCCAAGACAAGCAGCUAAGCACAAUGGCCACCUACAAAGACAGAAGAGAGACUGGGUUAUCCCUCCAAUCAACUUGCCAGAAAAUUCCAGAGGACCUUUUCCUCAAGAGCUUGUCAGGAUCAGGUCCGAUAGAGAUAAAAACCUUUCACUGCGGUAUAGCGUGACGGGGCCAGGAGCUGACCAGCCUCCAACUGGUAUCUUCAUUAUCAACCCCAUCUCAGGUCAGCUGUCGGUAACCAAGCCUCUGGAUCGUGAGCUGAUAGCCCGGUUUCAUUUGAGGGCACACGCAGUGGAUAUUAAUGGGAAUCAAGUGGAGAACCCCAUUGAUAUUGUCAUCAAUGUUAUUGAUAUGAACGAUAACAGACCAGAGUUCUUACACCAGGUUUGGAAUGGGACAGUUCCUGAGGGGUCCAAGCCCGGGACAUACGUGAUGACGGUCACUGCUAUUGAUGCUGAUGAUCCAAACGCCCUAAAUGGGAUGUUGAGGUACAGAAUCCUGUCCCAGGCUCCAAGCACCCCUUCGCCCAACAUGUUUACAAUCAACAAUGAGACUGGUGAUAUCAUCACCGUGGCAGCUGGACUUGAUAGAGAAAAAGUGCAACAGUAUACAUUAAUAAUUCAAGCAACAGACAUGGAAGGCAAUCCCACAUACGGCCUUUCAAACACAGCUACGGCUGUCAUCACGGUGACAGAUGUCAAUGACAAUCCUCCAGAGUUUACUGCCAUGACAUUCUAUGGUGAAGUCCCUGAAAACAGGGUAGAUGUCAUAGUAGCUAAUCUAACAGUGACCGAUAAGGAUCAGCCCCAUACACCCGCCUGGAAUGCCAUGUACAGAAUCAGCGGUGGGGAUCCCACAGGGCGAUUUGCCAUUCAGACGGACCCGAACAGCAAUGACGGCUUAGUCACUGUAGCCAAGCCAAUUGACUUUGAAACAAAUAGGAUGUUUGUCCUUACUGUUGCUGCUGAAAAUCAAGUGCCAUUAGCCAAGGGUAUUCAGCACCCACCUCAGUCAACUGCAACCGUGUCCGUCACAGUUAUUGAUGUGAAUGAAAACCCUUAUUUUACCCCAAAUCCCAAGGUCAUUCGCCAAGAGGAAGGCCUUCAUGCUGGUACUAUGUUAACAACAUUUACUGCUCAGGACCCAGAUCGAUACAUGCAGCAAAAUAUUAGAUACACAAAAUUAUCUGAUCCUGCCAAUUGGCUAAAAAUAGAUCCUGUGAAUGGGCAAAUAACAACAAUUGCUGUUUUGGACAGAGAAUCACCAAAUGUGAAAAACAAUAUAUAUAAUGCCACUUUCCUGGCUUCUGACAAUGGAAUCCCUCCCAUGAGCGGAACGGGAACUCUGCAGAUCUAUUUACUUGAUAUUAAUGACAAUGCCCCUCAAGUGUUACCUCAAGAGGCAGAGACUUGUGAAACUCCAGACCCCAAUUCAAUUAACAUCACAGCACUUGAUUAUGACAUCGAUCCAAAUGCUGGACCAUUUGCUUUUGAUCUUCCUUUGUCUCCAGUGACUAUUAAGAGGAAUUGGACUAUCACUCGGCUUAAUGGUGAUUUUGCUCAGCUUAAUUUGAAGAUCAAAUUUCUUGAAGCUGGAAUAUAUGAAGUCCCAAUCAUAAUCACAGAUUCGGGCAAUCCUCCCAAAUCAAAUAUUUCCAUCCUUCGCGUGAAGGUCUGCCAGUGUGACUCCAAUGGAGACUGCACCGAUGUGGACAGGAUUGUGGGUGCAGGGCUUGGUACAGGGGCCAUAAUCGCCAUCCUCCUUUGCAUCAUCAUCCUGCUCAUCCUUGUUCUGAUGUUUGUGGUAUGGAUGAAACGUCGGGAUAAAGAACGCCAGGCCAAGCAACUUUUAAUUGAUCCAGAAGAUGAUGUAAGAGAUAAUAUUUUAAAAUAUGAUGAAGAAGGUGGAGGAGAAGAAGACCAGGAUUAUGACUUGAGCCAGCUCCAGCAGCCUGAUACCGUGGAACCUGAUGCCAUUAAGCCUGUAGGAAUCCGACGAUUGGAUGAGAGACCCAUCCAUGCCGAGCCCCAGUACCCAGUCCGAUCUGCAGCCCCACAUCCUGGGGACAUCGGGGACUUCAUUAAUGAGGGCCUUAAAGCUGCUGACAAUGAUCCCACAGCUCCGCCAUACGACUCCCUCCUAGUCUUUGACUAUGAAGGCAGCGGUUCCACCGCUGGGUCCUUGAGCUCCCUCAAUUCCUCAAGUAGUGGUGGCGAGCAGGACUAUGACUACCUGAACGACUGGGGGCCACGCUUCAAGAAACUUGCUGACAUGUACGGUGGCGGUGAUGACUGAACUUCAGGGUGAACUUGGUUUUUGGACAAGUACAAACAAUUUCAACUGAUAUUCCCAAAAAGCAUUCAGAAGCUAGGCUUUAACUUUGUAGUCUACUAGCACAGUGCUUGCUGGAGGCUUUGGCAUAGGCUGCAAACCAAUUUGGGCUCAGAGGGAAUAUCAGUGAUCCAAUACUGUUUGGAAAAACACUGAGCUCAGUUACACUUGAAUUUUACAGUACAGAAGCACUGGGAUUUUAUGUGCCUUUUUGUACCUUUUUCAGAUUGGAAUUAGUUUUAUGUUUAAGGCUUUAAUGGUACUGAUUUCUGAAACGAUAAGUAAAAGACAAAAUAUUUUGUGGUGGGAGCAGUAAGUUAAACCAUGAUAUGCUUCAAUACGCUUUUGUUACAUUGCAUUUGCUUUUAUUAAAACACAGAAUUAAACAAACACAAAACAAAAACUCAUGGAGCGAUUUUAUUAUCUUGGGGGAUGAGACCAUGAGAUUGGAAAAUGUACAUUACUUCUAGUUUUAGACUUUAGAUUUUUUUUUUUCACUAAAAUCUUAAAACUUACCCAGCUGGUUGCAAAUAAAGGGAGUUUUCAUAUCACCAAUUUGUAGCAAAAUUGAAUUUUUUCAUAAACUAGAAUGUUAGAUACAUUUUGGUCUUAAUCCAUGUACACUUUUUUUAUUUACUGUAUUUUUUCCACUUCACUGUAAAAAUGGUAUGUGUACAUAAUGUUUUAUUGGCAUAGUCUAUGGAGAAGUGCAGACACUUCAGAACAUGUGUAUGUAUUAUUUGGACUAUGGAUUCAGGUUUUUUGCAUGUUUAUAUCUUUCGUUAUGGAUAAAGUAUUUACAAAACAAAGUGACAUUUGAUUCAAUUGUUGAGCUGUAGUUAGAAUACUCAAUUUUUAAUUUUUUAAUUUUUUUUUAUUUUUUAUUUUCCUUUUUGUUUGGGGAGGGAGAAAAGUUCUUAGCACAAAUGUUUUACAUAAUUUGUACCAAAAAAAAAAAAAAGGAAAGAAAAGAAAAGAAAGGGGUGGCCUGACACUGGAGGCACUACUAAGUGUGUGUUUUUAAAAAAAAAAUGAAAAAAAAAAAA